AGGAUCACGGCCACAGCGUCCAGCGUGGGCACCGCAGGCAUCCCUGCUGGAGGUGUCCUCACUCUGGCCAUCAUCCUGGAGGCAAUCAACCUACCAGUUGACAUCUCCUUGAUCCUGGCUGUGGACUGGCUAGUGGACCGGUCCUGUACAGUCAUCAACGUGGAAGGUGACGCCUUUGGGGCAGGACUCCUCCAACAUUACGUGGAUCGGACAAAGGCUCAGAGCCCAGUGCCCGAGUUGAUCCAGGUGAAGACUGAGACAGCUGUGGCUCCCAUGCCAGUCCCCAUCGAGGAGGGGAACCCCCUCCUCAAACACUACCCAAGACCUGCUGAGGAUGCUGACACCUUUGAGCAGGAAUCGGUCAUGUAAGCCCCAGGAGGGACCUUCCCUGCUCUGAUGGGGCACUUUGGACAUUGGAAUCACAAGAUGGAUAAAUGGACAUACCAGGGCUCUGGGGGCCCUGCCCAUACACUCUGGGGAGCCAGGGGCCCCAGCCUCCCUCCUUAACCCCAGAUCUGAGAGGCCUUGCUGCUGGGAUAUAUGUGUAUGUGGGUGUGAAUGUCUCCCCAAAUCUCCCUGGUUCUCAACUCCUGCCCCCACCCAAGGUUAGGAAACAGCAAGAUGGAGAAGUAGAGUCCUCCACGCCUCCUCCUGGAAGCCUGCCUGGCCUGCCCAUCUCAGGGCACAGGGCACCACGUGGGAUUCUGCCCUCUCUGAUAGGAUGUUCCGACGUGUGCUGGCUCCUUUGCUAAUUGUUUUGGUGGCUGUAGCUGUGUGUGUCUGUGCGUACAUGUGGGUGCUGUGACUCCACCUUACGUCCCACCUUGUCUUGGGAAUUCUGGGUAUGAGGAGACUGAGGACAAACACUGCUGUCACUCCAGAGGACAUUUUUUUAGCAAUUAAAUUGUCAAGUAUA